AUGACCUUCGCGUUGCUCGUCUCGCGCGUGGUGGACCUCGAGCAGCAGGGUCGGGACCCGGUGCAGCUGCGGCAGGCGCUCGAGGCGCUCCUCGACCGCUACCCGCUCUGCUUUGGCUACUGGAAGCGGCGCGCGGAGCUUGAGCUGGCGGCGGCGGACGAGCCGGCGGCGGUGGCAGUGUACGAGCGUGCGGUGGUGCCGUGCGCCUACUCGGUCGAGAUGUGGACGCUCUACUGCGCGCACGCGGCCCGCCACUGGGCCGACGAGCCGGAGCGCGUGCGCGGCCUCUUUGAGCGCGCGCUGCAGUACGUCGGCUCGGACUACGCCGCGGAUGGGAUCUGGGACAA